AGCGGCAGACGGCGACUACGUCCGCCGAGACGCGCGGCGUCUUGCUCCUCAGCGCAGCGCUCGGGGUCCUGCGUUCGGAGCCUGCCCCUGGCUUCUGGGCUGCGGGGCCUGGAAGGAGCUGACCGAGGCGGCUCGAGAGCUAUCCCGGGCGCGCAGCGUCCCCGGGGUCAUCCCACGCAGCACCAUGUCCUGGAUGUUCAAGAGGGAUCCUGUUUGGAAGUAUUUGCAGACUGUCCAGUAUGGAGUUCAUGGAAAUUUUCCACGCCUCUCAUAUCCAACUUUCUUUCCACGUUUUGAAUUCCAAGAUAUUAUUCCUCCAGACGACUUCCUAACUAGUGAUGAAGAACUAGAUUCAGUUUUAUUUGGAACUUUGAGAGGUCAUGUAGUUGGACUACGCUAUUACACAGGAGUAGUUAACAAUAAUGAAAUGGUUGCAUUACAACGAGAACCUAAUAACCCCUAUGAUAAGAAUGCCAUUAAAGUAAACAAUGUGAAUGGAAAUCAGGUUGGGCAUUUAAAGAAAGAUCUGGCAGCUGCUUUGGCCUAUAUCAUGGACAACAAAUUGGCACAAGUGGAAGGGGUAGUUCCUUUUGGUGCAAACAAUGCUUUUACCAUGCCUCUGCAUAUGACUUUUUGGGGAAAAGAAGAAAAUAGAAAAGCAGUUUUAGAUCAGUUGAAGAAACAUGGAUUUAAAUUGGGCCCUGCACCAAAAUCUGUGGGAUUCAGUUUGGAAAGUAGUUGGGGCUCUGGAAGAGCUGGACCGAGCUACAGUGUGCCAGUUCAUGCUGCAGUGCAGAUGACGACUGAACAGCUUAAAACAGAAUUUGACAAAUUAUUUGAAGAUUUAAAAGAAGAUGAUAAAACUCAUGAAAUGGAACCAGCUGAGGCUGUUGAAACACUGUUGCUUCCUCAUCAAAAACAAGCUCUGGCUUGGAUGAUAUCCCGGGAGAACAGUCAAGAGCUCCCGCCAUUCUGGGAGCAGCGAGAUGACUUGUACUAUAACACAAUAACAAAUUUUUCUGAGAAAGACCGACCAGAAAAUGUCCAUGGAGGAAUUUUAGCUGAUGACAUGGGUUUGGGUAAAACUCUUACAGCCAUUGCAGUAAUCCUUACCAACUUCCAUGAUGGCAGACCUCUUCCUGUUGAGAGAAUUAAAAAGAAUCAACUAAAGAAGGAAUGUAAGGAAUGUAAUGUUAAAGAUGAGUCUGAGAAACUUGGAGGAAACAGUUCCAGUGAAAAAGCAGAUGGGCAAAGCAAAGAAAGAUCUAGAUGUAGUGAAGAACCCAGUAUUUCACAUAUCAAGGAGAAGAAUAAGUGUUCCACGUCAGAAUUGUCUAGCUCUCGCCCCAAAAGAAGAAAACUUACUGUCCAGUAUGUGGAAAGCAGUGAUUCAGAGGAAAUUGAAGCAAGUGAAUUGCCACAGAAAAUGAAAGGCAAAUUGAAAAAUGUACAGUCAGAGACUAAAAGUAGGGCAAAAGCAGGGUCUUCCAAGGUCAAAGAGGACGCAGCGUUUGCAUGCGCACUCACUUCACCGAGCCCUACAACAAAGAAGAAAACGCUGAAAAGAGGAGCAUCUGCGGUGGAGGGUUCAAAGAAAACUGAUGUUGAAGAGAGGCCAAGAACAACACUGAUUAUCUGCCCACUGUCUGUGUUAAGCAACUGGAUUGACCAGUUUGGACAACAUAUAAAAUCAGAAGUGCACUUGAAUUUUUAUGUUUAUUAUGGUCCUGAUCGUAUUAGAGACCCAACCUUGCUUUCAAAACAGGAUAUUGUUUUGACUACAUACAACAUUUUAACCCAUGACUAUGGAACUAAAGGUGAUAGUCCAUUACAUAGCAUAAGGUGGUUAAGAGUGAUCCUGGAUGAAGGCCAUGCCAUACGAAAUCCAAAUGCUCAGCAGACAAAAGCUGUACUUGAUUUAGAAGCAGAAAGGAGAUGGGUAUUGACAGGUACACCUAUCCAGAAUUCUUUAAAGGACUUGUGGUCUCUUCUCUCCUUUUUAAAACUUAAACCAUUUCUUGAUAGAGAAUGGUGGCAUAGGACAAUACAGCGUCCCGUCACAAUGGGAGAUGAAGGAGGACUUAGGCGUUUACAGUCCUUAAUUAAAAAUAUCACACUUAGAAGAACAAAGACAAGCAAAAUUAAAGGAAAGCCUGUUUUGGAGUUACCAGAACGUAAAGUAUUUAUUCAGCACAUUACACUUUCAGAUGAAGAGAGAAAGAUUUAUCAAUCAGUGAAAAAUGAAGGCAAAGCUACUAUUGGAAGGUACUUUAAUGAAGGGACUGUCCUCGCACACUACGCAGACGUCCUGGGUCUUCUGCUUAGACUGCGGCAGAUUUGUUGUCACACUCACCUGCUCACGAAUGCAGUGUCUUCCGGCGGCCCCUCAGCCUUUUCUCUAGGAAAUGAUACACCUGAAGAAUUGAGAAAGAAGUUAAUAGGGAAGAUGAAGUUAAUCCUGAGCUCAGGUUCAGAUGAAGAAUGUGCAAUUUGCUUGGAUUCUUUGACAGUUCCUGUGAUAACACAUUGUGCACAUGUAUUUUGUAAACCUUGCAUUUGCCAGGUCAUUCAGAAUGAGCAGCCACAUGCUAAAUGCCCUUUAUGCAGAAAUGAUAUACAUGGAGACAAUUUAUUAGAAUGUCCUCCAGAAGAACUGGCAUGUGACAGUGAGAAAAAGUCCAAUAUGGAAUGGACAUCCAGCUCAAAGAUUAAUGCUCUAAUGCAUGCUUUGAUUGACUUAAGAAAGAAGAAUCCCAACAUAAAAAGUUUAGUUGUUUCUCAGUUUACAACGUUCCUGUCUUUAAUAGAAACACCACUUAAAGCCUCCGGAUUUGUGUUUACUCGUUUGGAUGGUUCCAUGGCCCAGAAGAAAAGAGUUGAAUCAAUUCAGUGUUUCCAAAACACUGAAGCGGGAUCUCCGACUAUAAUGCUGCUGUCCUUGAAAGCAGGGGGUGUUGGUUUGAAUCUUUGUGCAGCUUCUCGGGUAUUUUUAAUGGAUCCAGCCUGGAACCCUGCUGCUGAGGACCAGUGCUUCGACAGGUGCCACAGACUUGGCCAGAAGCAAGAAGUUAUCAUCACUAAAUUCAUUGUGAAAGAUUCUGUUGAAGAAAAUAUGCUGAAAAUACAAAACACAAAAAGAGAACUUGCAGCUGGAGCUUUUGGAACUAAAAAAUCAAAUGCUAAUGAAAUGAAACAAGCUAAGAUUAAUGAAAUUCGAACUUUAAUUGAUUUAUAAUGUUUGGGAUGUUAGUAAGAAGACUACUGUAUGUGAGAGGCGUGAUAUCUGGAUGGAAGUUGGGCUGGAUGACCUCCAAACUCGUUUCAACUCUUAAAGACAUCUUAAUCCUGAAUGUACAGAUGUCCUUGUUAUGUGUGUUUAGAAUCAGAAUUUGAUUUUGUAACUUAAGUAAUUCAUCUUUACAUUUCUCUUACUUUAUGUUAAUAAGCAAACUCAUAGUAGUUGCCACAGAAUUUUAGAUGACUCAGGUCAUUUAAAAGAAACAAACUAGAAGCUGCGUAGUCAGGUUUAGGUAUUCAGUGGUUUUUAUUUCCUUAAGGGAAUUUAUUUUUAAUCCAAAGAAGAAAUUACUGUAGUAAGAGAGGCAUCAUGCUUGAUGACAGACUUCAGAGCACCUAAGAUUUUACUUGGAGCGUUAGACUAGGUGACUUGACUGACAGAUGAGAGAGGAGGGCAAUGUGGGGCACAGGGGACACACCUGAGGUGUGUGCUAAAUACUUCUCCAGCUAAGUCCUCCUCUCCCUGUGUCCAGAGUAGCAGUGGAUCUGUCAGCAGGAGUCCUCCCAGCCCCUUUUCUCAGAGGUGGGGCAGAGGGCCCGCUCUCAUCACGGCAGACCUUCUGCAGGGACAGUAGUGGAAUGACCUGGGUGGGUCUGCUGGCGUAGGAGCACAGGAAGUUCUUUACCCAGUAGCUCUAGCAUUGCACAAAAUCAGGUGGAUGAGAUUCUGAUUAAAUGUGGCACGAGGGUUCCGUGUACACCAGUACUCCAGCAAGAUCAAGUAUAAAUGAUUCUUGGGGGAAAGAAAUCCCACAGUCUACUCUUAUAGGUGGUAAAGGCAAAGCCUUUCCAACUCGUUGUGAAGGUGUAGACGACUCGCAGCUUUGCCCACACACUGAAAAGCUGGUUUUUUAAACACAGUCAUAAAUGAUGUUUGGCAAGUCAUUAAAAAUGGUUUUGUUUUUGUACAGUUAAGUGGUGUUAAAUUUAAAAAAUUUAAUUCAUCCUAAGAAAAUAUAUAAACCACUGGAAUGAAAACUUCACAUUAUGCUAUGCUGUUGUUUUAUUAUUACAUAGAAUAAUAACUUUAGAAAUAUAUUGUAAACAUUGUAUUUCCAAUCGUGGUUCAAACUGAAUUUGUGGUUCAAACUGGAUUUUGUUUUAAAAUCAAUAAAAAUAUCAAAAAUU